GUCCGGCCCGCCGCCAACUUCCUUCUUAACUUGUUAGUUCGCUCAUGAAUACUGAGUACUGAAUCAUGAACAAGUUGUUUCCCCCUCUUCUUUCUCCUCGUCUACGCUCGGCAGUUGUCUGUCGCAGCUAUUUGAAAAGAUAUAUAACAACAUCACCUGCAUUUGACUCUGAUGAAUCGCGGGAAUUCGAGGAUUUUGGGACGUACAAUGUCAUCUUACCUGAGGAACCGUUCGUGUGGGGUGUCUCCCAUAUAACCCGGCGUCCGGUUCCAAGUCAUAUUGUUCAACCAAAAUACGCAGCGCAGCUCGACCCCCCAAUGUCAUCGGAGAUAGACCAUACGCAGCAAUACGAAGGAGACGGAAGAAUAAUUCUGGGUAGCACAGACGAGAAGCGCCUGCGAGCAGCUGCGACGCUUGCUAAGAAUGUGCGCCAAUAUGCUGGCUCGCUUGUGCAGCCAGGUGUGACCACCAAUUCGAUAGAUGCUGCAGUACACAACUUUAUAAUUGCGCAUGAAGCAUAUCCUUCACCACUGCUAUACAAGGGCUUUCCACGUUCGUGUUGCACCAGUGUCAACAAUGUUGUUUCGCAUGGCAUACCAGACGAUCGACCUCUCGAGGAUGGGGAUAUAAUUAACAUUGAUGUGACAGUCUAUUUCAACGGUUAUCACGGCGACACUUCUUCUACUUUCCUCGUCGGAGAUGUUGACGAACCUGGCCGAGACCUUGUGCAAAUGACAAAUGCUGCACUCGAGGCUGGUAUUGACGCUUGCGGACCUGGUAGACCGUUCAAUGGCAUUGGAAGGGCUAUACAUGAAAUCGUCCGAAAUACCUGUCAUUCUGUCUGUCCUGCCUUCGCUGGGCACGGCAUAGGGACCGUUUUCCACCGACCCCCUUGGAUAUACCACACUCAAAAUGAAGAACCUGGCGUAAUGCUUCCUGGGCAUUGCUUUACCAUCGAGCCUUCUCUCGUUCAAGGUUCUAAUCCUAGUGUCUGGAUUUUUCCGGACGGCUGGACUGCAUCGACGGAGAAUUGUGCACGAAGCGCUCAAGCAGAACAUAUGAUUCUCAUCACUGAGACUGGUGUAGAUGUUUUAACGCAGUGAUUGUUUUAUUCACCUCUAGGACAA